AUAUAAAUACGCACUUAUCUACAUUCCAAAGUAUAGCUAUCCUUAUCACUUUCAUUCACACAAAAAAAAAUUAACAAAACCAUGGAAAUGGAGAAAUUAUACACCAUCUUAUCUCUUUUUGCAAUCAUAUUCUUCAUUUACAAAAUCAUUUUAACCUCUAAACCAAAGAACAAGAAUCUCCCACCAAGCCCACCAUCAAUUCCUAUAUUGGGCCAUUUAUACCUUCUCAAGCCUCCUUUCCAUCGAACACUCCUAUCCCUCUCUGAACGUUACGGCCCAAUCUUCUCUCUCCAAUUGGGCUGCCAGCCCGUUUUGGUGGUUUCCUCCCCAUGGGCUGCCGAGGAAUGCUUUAACCAAAACGACAUCGUUUUUGCUAACAGGCCUAACUUCAUUGUAGGUGAGCAUUUAGGCUACAACCACUCCCUCCUCAUAUGGUCCCCGUAUGGGGACCACUGGAGGAACCUACGACGUGUUUCGGCCUUAACCAUGUUAUCCUUUCGAAGGAUAAACGAAGCGGGUCCUACUAGGAGAUCCGAGAUCCGUAACAUGAUCUCGGAACUCGUAUCGAGUGGGACCCGAAAAGUGAACUUGUAUGAGUUGUUUGGGAAGGUGUCUAGGAACCUUGUGAUGAGGGUAGUGAAUGGAAAACCGUGGGAGAGAAUGAUAAUGAAACCGCCUGCUGAACUCAUGAAAAUAUGUGAUUUCUUACCCGUUUUGAAAUGGGUCGGGUUUAGAGGGAUUGAAAAGGAGUUGAAAAAUUUGAUGAAAGAAAGAGAUAGUUUUAUGCAGAGUUUGGUUGAUGAAAUCAGAGAAAGUAAGGGAGGAACAAAUGUUGAUGGAAAAACUACCAAGUGUUUGAUUGAACAAUUGUUGGACUUGCAGCAAACUGAUCCUGACUACUACACUGAUAAAACUAUCAAAGGAAUUAUUUUGGUCAUGUUGUUAGCAGGAUCAGAAACUACAACUCGAACUCUUGAGUGGGCAAUGUCAAACCUCAUAAACAACCCUGAAGUUUUAGCCAAAGCAAGAGCAGAGAUAGAUCUACAUGUCGGCAAAGGAAGACUAGUAGACGAUUCAGAUCUUCCAAAAUUAAGCUAUAUAAAAUGCAUUGUCAAUGAGACUCUAAGACUUUUUCCACCAGCACCACUUCUAGUCCCACAUUGCUCAUCCAAAGAUUGCACCAUCGGAGGAUUUCAUGUUCCGAAGGGUACCAUUCUCUUUGUCAAUGCUUGGGCAAUACAUAGGGACCCUAACCUAUGGGAUGAGCCAAUCGUGUUUAAGCCAGAGAGGUUCGAAAAUGAGAUAGAAGGAUUCAAGUUUAUGCCCUUUGGGAUAGGGAGGAGAGCUUGCCCCGGUAACAACUUUGCUCUGAGGAAUGUUAAUUUGUUAGUGGCUACACUUAUUCAAUGUUUUGAUUGGGAAGCAGCUGAGGAUGGAUUAGUGGACUUGACCGAAAGUCAUGGUGCUGGUGCCAUCAUUGUUCCUAAGGAUAAGCAUUUGGAGGCUAUAUGCCGCCCUCGCUCUUCAAUGGAAGAAAUCCUUGGCCAAAGUUGAUUAACUAUAUACGACUAUACGUAGUACUUCCUCCGUUUUCUUUUAGAUGUAACACACCGUUUAGUACGGUAAUUAAGAAAAGUGGGGUUUACAUGAUAUAAUAAACUUUAAAAUAGGAUGAGUGGUUAUUAGGAGUGUAAUUUAGUGGGCCAUGUGCUUUAAAUAAGGGAUAUAGUAUAGUUUUUCCUUAAAGUAACUUUCCUUUUAUAGUGUGUUGCAAGUAUUGUGACAUUUUUUUAAAGGAAGUGUUGCAAGUAAAAGAAAACGGAUGAAGUAUAUGUUUAGUAGAUUAUAUUAUAAAAUUUAAUUAAGGUUGGUUUGAAAAUUUAGAUGCA